GCUAAUGACGGAAAUGAUAGAGCCAUUCCAGUAGCAGCAAAAUGGUACAAUGAACAUUUCAAGAAAAUGUCAGCAGAGAAUCAGCUACAAGUUAUCUUCAUAACAAAUGAUAGGCAAAACAAGGAAAAAGCCAUAGAAGAAGGAAUAUCAGCUUUCACUUGUGAAGAAUACGUAAAAAGCCUAACUGCUAAUCCCAAACUCAUAGAUCGUCUUGAUUGUUUGUCUGAAGAAGGGAAUGAAAUAGAAAGUGGAAAAAUAAUACUUUCAGAGCACCUUCCCUUAAGUAAGCUACAGCAAGGCAUAAAAUCUGGUACAUACCUUCAAGGAACAUUUAGAGCCAGCAGGGAAAAUUACUUAGAAGCUGCAGUAUGGGUUCAUGGAGACACUGAAGAAAACAAAGAGGUAAUGUUGCAAGGACUUAAAAAUUUAAACCUAGUGAUUCAUGAAGAUAUUGUGGCUGUGGAGCUUCUUCCCAAGAAUCAGUGGGUAGCACCAUCUUCAGUGGUUUUACAUGAUGAAGGGCAAAAUGAAGAUGAUAUAGAAAAAGAAGACGAGAGAGUACACAUUCUUAAGACUGCUCUAAAUAAAAAAAUGUUAAAGCCUACAGGUAGAGUUGUAGGAAUAAUAAAAAGGAGUUGGAGACCAAAUUGUGGCAUGCUUUCCAAGUCUGAUGUUACGGAGUCAAGAAGACAUCUCUUUACACCUGCUGAUAAGAGAAUCCCUAGAAUUUGGAUAGAAACCAGACAGGCUUCUAUAUUGGAAGGACGGAGAAUUAUUGUUGCUGUUGAUGGUUGGCCUAGAAAUUCCAGAUAUCCAAAUGGACACUUUGUGAAAAAUUUGGGUGAAGUCGGAGACAAAGAGACUGAAACAGAAGUGUUGUUACUUGAGCAUGAUGUUCCCCACCAGCCUUUUUCACAGGCUGUUCUGAGCUUUCUACCAAAGAUGCCCUGGAGCAUUACUGAAAAGGACAUGAAAAACCGAGAAGAUCUGAGACAUCUGUGUGUUUGUAGUGUGGACCCACCAGGAUGUACCGAUAUAGAUGAUGCUCUACAUUGUAGAGAACUUGAAAAUGGAAAUUUGAGGCCAGGAAAUGCUUUGGAUCAAGUAUCAGCCAGAAGGGGAACAACUGUGUAUCUUUGUGAAAAGAGAAUUGAUAUGGUUCCAGAGUUGCCGAGCUCUAACUUAUGUUCCUUAAGAUGUAAUGUUGACAGGUUGGCAUUUUCAUGUAUUUGGGAAAUGAACCACAAUGCUGAAAUCUUAAAAACCAGGUUUACCAAAAGUGCGAUUAAUUCAAAGGCUUCUCUUACGUAUGCUGAAGCUCAGAUGAGAAUUGCUUCAGCAACCAUGAACGACGAUAUUACCACUAGUUUGCGUGGACUAAAUAAACUUGCUAAAAUUUUGAAAAAAGGAAGAAUAGAAAAAGGGGCUUUGACCCUCUCUUCUCCAGAAGUUCGAUUCCACAUGGACAGUGAAACUCAUGAUCCUAUAGAUCUGCAGACCAAGGAACUUAGAGAGACAAAUUCCAUGGUGGAAGAAUUUAUGUUACUUGCCAAUAUCUCUGUUGCAAAAAAAAUUCAUGAAGAAUUUUCUGAACAUGCUCUGCUUUGAAAACAUCCUGCUCCUCCUCCAUCAGAUUAUGAAAUUCUUGUUAAGGCAGAUAAAUCCAAGAAUUUGGAAAUUAAAACAGAUACAGCCAAGUCUUUGGCUGACUCUUUGGCCCAGGCUGAUUCUCCUACUUUCCCAUAUCUAAACACUCUGUUAAGAAUAUUAGCCACUCGCUGUAUGAUGCAAGCUGUGUACUUCUGCUCUGGAAUGGAUAAUGAUUUUCAUCACUAUGGCUUAGCAUCCCCGAUAUACACACAUUUUACUUCACCCAUCAGAAGAUGCGCAGACAUCAUUGUUCAUCGAUUGUUGGCUGUGGCAAUUGGGGCAGACUGCACUUAUCCUGAGCUCACAGACAAACAGAAGCUUGCAGAUUUAUGUAAGAAUCUCAAUUUCCGGCACAAAAUGGCUCAAUAUGCCCAACGUGCAUCAGUGGCUUUUCAUACCCAGUUAUUUUUCAAAAGUAAAGGAAUAGUAAGCAAAGAAGCCUAUAUUCUGCUUGUAAGAAAGAAUGCAAUUGUGGUGUUAAUUCCUAAGUAUGGUUUAGAAGGUACAGUCUUUUUUGAAGAAAAGGACAAACCAAAGCCACGGUUUACUUAUGAUGAUGAGAUACCUUCACUUAAAAUAGAAGAUACAGUAUUUCAUAUAUUUGAUAAAGUUAGAGUGAAAAUCAUGUUAGACUCAUCUAAUCUUCAGCAUCAGAAAAUCCGAAUGUCCCUGGUAGAACCACAGAUACCAGGAAUAAACAUUCCUGCUGAUACUUCAAACAUGGACACUUACGAGCCAAAGAGAAAGAAGAAUCAGCUUGAAAAGUAACUACAGUCAACAAAAACAACUUCCAAGCUUGGUUCCCUUUAAAAAAAUGAAAAACAAAACACCUUGAAAGAACACCUCUAAACCUAAGAAGUGUGGGAUAGACAGUUUGUUACUUUCAAGUCCAUUUUAAUAAUUUUUUAAAUUUGCAUUUUUAUUGAACUGUUGACUGUGCUGGACUGCCCGUCGUACUACUUCAUUUCUGGCUUGAACAGAACUAUUUAUGCAGAAAAAUUGAAUUGAAUAUCACUGAAGUACUGUCAGGAUAGCAACUUCAGGGAUCUGUAAAGAUCAUUUAAGUGGAGCAUUCAUCUGCUCACUGAGGAACAGGUUAAUUUUGUGUAAGUAAUUUGAUUAUUUAAUAUUGAUAGACAAACUAUCAUUUUUCUAUGGAGGAAAAUAAAACAUUUUUAGAAGCCAGAAACAAUCUAUUUCUAAAUCUUGAAAACUGUCAGUGUUUGGUAUGGCAAUUUUCAGAUUUCAAGACGUGAAGUCAAAAUAUGUUGAAAAUCAGUAUUUAAUCUCCUCUGCCAUUCUUAAUUUACCUGACAAACAUGUUCUGUUAAAUGUUAAAAAGCCUGCCUUUAUUAGUGGUCCUUGAACAGCUGUGAAUGUUUGGGGUUAAAUGUUGUAAGAAGGCAAGAAUAGGAUAUUUUGAUCUGACUAGAAAAAAAAUUUUUUUUUAAAGCAAGUUAAAAGGAUCAUUGUGCCUGACCUUCAAAUCUCUCUCCCAAAAAUAAGGCAGUAGGGCUCAAAGAAAAGAACAGAGAUGGUACUAUGAAUGUCUACAUCAUGUUAUUUAUAAAAUAAAGUAGCUAACAGCUUUUUAAACUGCA